AUGCUACCAGUCUUCCUGGACCAUGUUCUUCAUCCUCUACUAUCCGACGACCAGUUCGUAACUGAAGUCUACCAUUUCGACGCUGAUGGCAAGGAGCGAGGUGUCGUUUUCAGCGAGAUGGUUAUGCGCGAGAAUGGUAGAGAUAUUGCGACGCUGACAAACCAGGAGGUCAUCGACUACCAUCGCAAAUUCUACGAUGCCAACAACAUCACAGUUCUGCUGGUUGGAUCUUUCAGCGACUCAUUCGAGAGCGUUCUUCAGCAGCUACCUGCCGAUUUGGUAACCAGUGGCGGCUGUGAUUCACGCAAGCCUGUCGAGUGUCCUGAGCCUGUGGGUGAUAGGUGGUCGGAGUACAUCAGGUUCCCUUCGGCAAGUGCAGACACAGGGUCGUUUAAAUUCGGGUGGCGUGGCCCGAUGCCUGAUGAUGCUGUGGCCAUUACAGCCUUGGAGAUUCUGCUGAGAUACCUGACUGAAGGCUAUUUCGAGAGUCUGCUCAUCCAAGAGCUCCAGCGACUAUACGAUUCCAAAUUCGAUGGAAAUGCCGGUGCACUGAGUCAAGCUGCAAAGGAGUACCGCCAAUCCUUCGCAAUGGGGCUUGAGGACAGCCCUCUCCAGAAACUAGAGACCACCCUGAUUCGUGAUGUCACUGCAUCUCACUGGUCAUCUAGCAGCGAGUUUCGUGUCGGGACAUAUGCUCGGGUGUUCGAUGUCAUCGAUGAGCUUAUUCAGAAACCAGUCGACUUUUGGUUGGAUCUGCUCAAGAGGUUCAUCGACACGCGUGUGUAUUAUGUAGCAGCAGUGCCGGAUACAGAGCUGGGAAAGAAGCUCGAGCAGGAGCGUCGCGAUAUCGAGCAGAGGAAUGCGCAGUCGAUUUCUGACAAGGACAGGCAUACACGGCGUAUCGAGAGGGCAGUUGAGGCUAGCAAGCUGAGCAUUCCAGAUGAGCUGAAGCGCAGUAUUCAUAUCCCGGAUGCACAGAAGAUUUCCAGCCUGCCACAUGUACAUGAGGUUGUAGAGCUGGCAACACCGAUCGGUCCUGCAGCUGUUGUUCAGCUAAUCGAGCUUGAGACCGCGUUCCCUGCACUAAGCCUCAGCAUUCCUCUUCAAAACCUGCCUGAUAGCCUCUUUGCCUACGAUGGUGACAUAUCUGAUACAGCCCGCCGUGUCAGCUGCACGGAGUUUGAUCGCCAACUAGCUGCCACCACUGUGUCCAAGUGGGCAUACAUCGUGCCAAACACCGAUAUAUUCUAUGUGUAUCUCAAGUCGACGCAUGAGAAUGUUGAUGUAGCCAGCAACUUGCUUGUUCGGGCACUGCUGUUCGCUGAUUUUACAGCCGAGCGUACCUUGACCGUCGCACAAAAGCUCCUCAGCAACAUCGCUAACCAAAAGCUACUCAGCGAUUGCAUGCUCAACGAGAUAACAUGGCAUUUUAGCGCGCAGGAUCCCACCAACCGUUCUCGUUGGGGCGUCAUCAAGUCUCUGGAUUCUGGCGAUACAAGGAUUGUGGAUCAGCUGAAUGAGCUCCAGAGCUAUAUUGCCAAUGGAAUGGGAGGAUUUUGGACAUUCACGUUCUCCAGCGGCCAGCGCGAGAAAAAAAUGAGGUCCAUCGACAAGCUUGCCCAAGACUGGCAGGACUGCUUUGGAAGGCCGUUCGAUGAGCAGCUGGCAGAUCUCCCUGGCAUCGACUACUACGCACUUGAGGUCUUGAUCUCAGUGCUUCAGCGCAGCGGCGGACCCUUGUACAAUGCGAUUCGCAGCAAAGGCCUUGGAUACACACCUUCCUUCUGGCAGGAUAUGGUACCAGGUAUGCUUUUAUUUGUUGUUGACCGGGCAUCAGACGCAUCCAAGGCCAUUUUGGAAAUGCGAGCACUCGUAUCUGGUGUCGGCGAGCACUGGGACAAAUAUAUCACCGAGUUCGAGAUUGCUAUGGCCAAGUCAGAGAUGGUGUGUAGGGCCACAGAUUCAGAGUGCUCCCCCCACCUGCAGACAUUCUAUUGCUAUGUCAGUAAUAUUCUCGGGUUUGCGUCGGCAAGCCAGUAUACUGUUUGGAAAAAUGCCCACAUCAGUGCAGUGAAGGAUGCCGACCUGCGACGCGUGUAUGACCUCUAUCUGAAGAGGUUUGUGACCCCUGGUCAUCCACUGCUUACGGUUGUUCUGACUCCUUCUGGCACUGAGAUUUCUGCUGAGCUGGGCAAGUUCGAGGUCAAGAUGUUGGACGAGCUUUAA